UUUUUCGCAGUGCAGAGACUUUGAGGUCAACUCUACUCAACGUUUGUAAUCUCACACGACCAAAUCAAAUCAAGUGUCUGCGUUUUCUACGCUGUGGACCGCAUUUUGCGUAAGCGUAAUAACGGUGCUAACUUUCCAGGAAAUUAAUUUGUCACUGUCACUCACUGCAUUCAUCAAUUUUCCAACUCAUAUUAGCAACACAUGAAGAUAUGGCAAAAUGCAACUUUCUUGGUGUUUUCCUCACCAUAUUGACUUCUUCAACUCCUCUCAAAUAUCUUUUGUGUCUGAUGCCAAUGAAAGGAAACCAGUAACAAUCAACUUUCCUUCUCACUUCUGAGUUCUAUCUAACACUAGCUUCGAACUUCAGUCAGUAUAAAAGGGAAAAAGAGAUACAAUUUGAAGGUUCAUUAGUUCAAACUUCCUGGCAAUAGAAAAGUGUUCAGUUUAUAUUGUUUGAGUAAAGAAUUCAGCAUGGCUGGGUUGGAGCUCGUUCCCAUAGGUACAAUUCUGACAUUGGUAACUUCACAAAUCUUGAAAACAGCUCAAGCAGCAUCUGAUGUUCUUGUUGGUAAAGAAAGUUUCAAGGCCCUUUCAAAACAUCUAUUUGAUAUUGAGCCAGUGCUGAAGGAAUUGCAGCUUCAAGAAUUGAAUGACUCUCAAGCCGCAAGGGUUGCUCUGGAGUCUCUUGAAGCAGAUGUUAAGAAGGCAAAUAAUUUGGUGGAAAAGUAUAGGAACCGUGGCCGUUUUUACUUAUUGAUUAAGUGUCGAUCAAUUGUUGAGGAGGUUGAACAAGUCACAAGGGAUAUUGGAAAGUCUCUACAUGCAUUGUCUAUUGCAAAUACUGAAGUCCUAUCAAGAAUUUCUGAUCAGGUCAAUAGAUUGCAAAAUGAGAUGCAAAGGGUGGAGUUUGAGGCUUCCCAGUCCCAGAUUCAAGUUGUUGACAAGUUAAACCAGGGACUUAGAGAACAGAAACUAGAUCAGGCUUUUGCAAAUGACAUGUUAGAGGAGAUAGCAAGGGCAGUUGGGGUGCCAGUGGAACCCUCAGAAAUAAGCAAAGAGUUGGCUAGCAUUAGGAAGGAAAAAGAAGAAGCUUCUGAAAGAAAAGAAAGAGCUGAAUGUGUUCUUUUGGAUCAGAUCAUUCAGUUACUCUCUCGAGCUGAUGCUGCAAGGGAUUAUGAAGAAGUAGAGAGGCAAUACUUUGAAAGGGUUAAGGUGAUAGAGAGAUAUGGUUCAAGGGAAAAAUAUAUCCCCCCACUCAAUUCUUUCCAUUGUUCUAUUACUGGAGCUGUUAUGGAAGAUCCUGUCAGCCUUUGCACUGGUACUACAUGUGAGAGACAUGCUAUUGAAGCUUGGUUUUACGAUGGCAACAGGAAAGACCCAGAAACUAAAGUUGUUCUUGAAGAUACUACCUUGAGGUCUAACAUUCCUCUAAGACAAUCUAUUGAAGAAUGGAGAGAACUUAAUUAUUGUCUGAUAAUAAGGUCUAUCAGAGAAAAUUUGUUAUCAUCUUCUGACCUGCAAGAAUCCUUGACCCAAAUGCAGGAUCUUGUAAGAAAGAAUUCUAUUAACAAGGAUUGGAUUUCUAUAGGAGAGCUUACUGAUAAUGUUAUCUCUAUCCUCGGGAGCUCUGAUGACAAAGAAGUAAAGAGGAAGAUUUUGAUAACUUUGAAGGAUGCUGUUGAGGGGAAUACAAGAAACAAGGAGAAAGUGGCUGAAUCUCGAGGAUGGGAUCACGUUCUUUCCUGCUUAGGGAGUGACUCUAGCAUUUCCAAGGAAGCAAUUGAUCUGCUAUAUGAACUGCUUCAAGAACAAUCUGGUUGGAAUCAAUAUCUCUGUAAAAGGCUUUGUGAAAAUCGCACUGCAGUUUUGUCCCUUGUUGCCCUUCUAAAGAAUCUUUCCAGCCAUUCUACCGAAGUUGCCGAAAAGAUUUUGACGAAGCUUUUUGAACUAAACGAGGAAACCAUUACUAUUGCUGCUGAUUUUGGCUGGUAUAAACCUCUUGUUGAUCGCAUGAUUGAAGGACCAGAUUCAAGAAUAUCAAUGGCAAAAGCCAUUGUUAAUUUGGAGUUGAAUGCUUCAAACUUGAAACUCCUUGGCAACGAAGGAGUUAUACCUCCUUUGCUAGAAAUGCUGUCGGGAAGCGCUGAAUCAAAAGACUUGUCAUUGUCAGCCCUGAUUAAAUUAGCAGGAUCUCAUGCUAAUAAAGGAAUUAUUGCUACAUCUGGAGGAGUUCCUCUUAUUCUAGAUUUAAUGUUCUCUCCUCGGACACGGGCAUUCAUCAUCAUUAAAUGCUCUGAAAUCAUUGAGAAGCUUUCUUCAAAUGGUGAUGGAAUUUGUUUCUUCGUUGAUGGAGAGGGGAAACAGAUUGAGUUAGAUUCCAUCAUCACCAAAUUACUAGCUUUGCUGCAGAGUUUCAGCUUAGGUCCUAACAUACGUAAGCCUGCACUGCGUGCACUUCUUGGCAUUUGCAAGUUUGAGACUGAUUUGGUUAAGAAAGCAAUUCUUGCAGCCAACGGCGUAUCUCUAAUUCUUCCACUUCUUGAUGAUCCCGACUCAGAAAUCAGAGAGACCUCCAUAAUUCUACUCUAUCUUUUCUCUCAACACGAGCCAGAAGGAGUAGUUGAAUACCUCUUCAAGCCUAGAAGGCUUGAAGCCUUGAUUGGAUUUCUUGAGAAUGAGGAGAAUGAUAAUGUACAGAUGGCUGCUGCUGGUUUACUUGCUAACCUGCCAAAAUCAGAACGAGAACUCACUAUGAAGGUGAUUGAGCUGGGUGGACUUGACGCAAUCAUAAGCAUUUUGAAAACUGGCAAAAUGGAAGCAAAAGAAAAUGCUCUCAGUGCACUCUUCAGGUUCACAGACCCUACAGAUAUUGAGUCACAGCAAGAUCUGGUUAAACGCGGAAUAUACCCUUUGCUUGUAGAUUUUCUCAACACUGGUUCGGUCACGGCAAAGGCAAGAGCAGCAGCUUUCAUUGGUGAUCUUUCGAUGAGCACUCCAAAGCUCACAGUUAUUCCGAAGCCAACUGGUUGCUGGCUUUUCAGAUCAUCACGUGUUCCUUUGUGUCCAGCACAUGGGAGUGUAUGCAGUGUGAACAGCACAUUUUGUCUUUUGGAGGCUAAGGCUUUACCUGGCUUGAUAAAGCUAUUACAUGGGGAGGUUCAUGCAACUGCUUAUGAAGCAAUACAGACACUUUCCACAUUGGUUUUGGAAGAAUUUCCUCAAAGGGGAGCUCGUGUCUUGCAUGAGAAUAAUACAAUAAGAUCCUUAUUGGACAUUUUGAACUGGGGAACUGAUUCUCUCAAGGCAGAAGCUCUAGGACUGUUAGAGAAGGUGUUUGUGUCAAAGGAAAUGGUAGAAUACUAUGGAACAACAGCUAGAUCACGUCUUAUUGGUUUGACUGGCAUGAAUAUAUAUGGAGAAAGUCACCUCAGGAGAAAGGCUGCCAAAGUACUAUCAUUGCUUGAACGCUAUUCAAAGUCAUCAUCAUCUGCCAUCUCCGGUGUUCUGGAGUGAAAUUGCAGUCCUUUAGUAGUUUUAUUUACCUCUUUGUGUUCUCACUCUAGUGUUUUAUUUUGUGUAAACACUGUAAAGUUCGCAUUUUCAUGGAAGCUUUUAAGGUUUUUACAUAAGAAUUGCUUAAAAAUUCAGUGUACAUGCAUGCCAGAGUGAAUAGGAAAGCUUUUGGGCAACUUUUAAAGAGUAGUAUUAAAUCUCCAAACUUGAAAAUUGUAACUCAUUAAUGUUUCAUCAUGUGUUGAAAUUGUCAGUCUCUAAAAUCAUGCUAGAUGCCAGUUAUGAAUACGUGUGUGCCAACUACCUUGUUUAUCCUGUUAUUAUCAUUAUUUGAUUACC